ACAGGCUAUGAGAUGUUUGGAUAGCUUCUUUAAAUUAUUGGGACAAAAAUAUUUAAAAAUUUGUGGUUUUGACAGUUGUUUAUCAAAUUAUAAAAAUGGUAACUUUAGGUAACGGUCAAAUAUUAGAAAAUGGAUUGAAGCUAUUGUCUGGGGACGAACCACUUUUGAAGAAGCUUAAAAUAGAAGAUGGGUCACCUGUGGUUCCAUUACCAAACAUGGACAUGUUAUCCGCGGAACUGCAAUUGGAACAGACGGGGCCGGUGCUUGCGGGACCGGGUGCCUUGAGAACUCCUACAGGCAUCCUUGGUUUAGGCCUGACAAAAUUAACUUCUGAGCAACAAGACAUGAUAACAAAAGCCAAAAAAUAUGCUAUGGAACAAAGCAUAAAGAAUGUUCUAAUGAAGCAAACUAUUGCACAUCAACAACAACAACAAAAAACUCUUCAACGACAUCAGGCAUUAGUUUUAAUGUGCAGGGUUUAUGUUGGAAGCAUCAGCUUUGAAUUGAAAGAAGAUACAAUACGACAAGCUUUCAUUCCUUUUGGACCUAUUAAGUCCAUUAAUAUGAGUUGGGAUCCAGUUACGCAGAAACACAAAGGGUUUGCCUUUGUUGAAUAUGAACUUCCUGAAGCUGCGCAAUUGGCACUCGAUCAGAUGAAUGGAGUUAUGAUAGGUGGAAGGAAUAUUAAGGUUGGCCGUCCAAGUAAUAUGCCCCAGGCAGCACCAAUCAUUGAGCAAAUAAUGGAAGAAGCGAAGACGUACAAUCGAAUAUAUGUAGCUUCUGUUCAUCAAGAUUUAACUGAAACAGAUAUUCAAAGUGUUUUUGAGGCCUUUGGAAAAAUAAAAAUGUGCAAACUACAAAGUGGUGGCAUACCUGGAAAGCACAAAGGCUACGGUUUUAUAGAAUAUGAAAAUUAUCAAUCUGCACAGGAUGCAAUUUCUUCAAUGAAUUUGUUUGAUUUAGGAGGGCAAUAUUUACGUGUUGGUAGGGCAAUUACACCUCCAAAUGCACUCCAAGCACCGACAACGGCAAGUACGAUGCCUACAGCAGCUGCCGUCGCUGCUGCUGCUGCCACAGCAAAAAUUCAAGCUAUGGAUGCUGUUGCUAGCAAUGCUAUUGCCCUUGGUCUAGGUGCUUCUUCAACCGUCUCACCAGUUGUCACUACUGCUCCCUCAGAAGCUGCUUUAAGUCCUGUUAUACCUCCUCCUGGGCUUGCUAUACCUUCAAUUGGCACUCCUGGACUUGUUGCACCAACAAUUUUGCCUACACCUGUUUUAGCUGCCAAUGCACCUGGAAUUAUAACAGGUGUUACUCCUGUACGGCCUCCAUUAGUUAUUCCUCCACCGGGCAUUGUCACAUUACCCAUUCUGCCUCCAUCCAUUACUGCUGUUGCAACUGCUGUGAAAACUGAGCUGUCUAGCUCUCCAAUUAUUGCAAUUCCACCCCCAACUAUUGCUGAAGUGAUACCUCCUCCUGUGACAUUACCUGUCGCUGCAGCUGUCCCACCAGUUAUUCCAGUCACAGAAUCUGGUGCCAAUGAAGCCCAAAAGCAAAAGUUAGAAGAAUUAGAAAAAAAACUUGCGGAAGAACAAGAACCACAAACGCUGCAGCAGCAGGAAAAUAUGAUGAUUAAAGGAACGAAUGCCAGGCAUAUUUUGAUGCAAAAGCUAAUGAGGCGAACAGAGUCGACUGUGAUUGUUUUGAGAAAUAUGGUUGGCGUUGAAGAUUUAGAUGAUGAUUUAGAAUCUGAAGUUACUGAUGAGUGUGGUAGAUAUGGCAUAGUCAACAGAGUCAUUAUAUAUCAAGAGAGACAGUCAGAAGACGAUGAUGCUGAGAUCAUAGUUAAAAUAUUUGUUGAAUUCAGUGCCCCGUUUGAAGCUUGUAAAGCUCGAGAUGCUUUGAAUGGACGAUUUUUUGGAGGACGAAUUGUGAAAGCAGAACUUUACGACCAAACUCUUUAUGAAGCUAAUGAUUUAUCAGGAUGAUCAAAAAUAUUUCUAUGUACUAUGAUUGUACAGAAUAUGAGUUCAAUAUAUUUUUGAGUUUAUCAUUAAUAUGUUGACAUAUAUUGGUACAACCAUAUGAAUAUUGUAUAUUCCACUUCAUUUGUUGUACAUUUUUCUUUGUUAUGAUUGUUUGGCAAGUGUAAAUAUGUGAUGACUGCUUUUUAUAAUGUAGGAAUCCUGGCAUUCAGGAUUUUCUCUAUGUAUGCUGGUAGUUUAACAUGAAUGAAAAACAUUGCAAUCGACCACAGUCGUUGAAAUUUACGCGUGCAAUAUAUUGGCAAGCAAUUGAUUACGUUAAUUGAGAAGCCUGGUUUCAUUAAUUUAUUUUUUUUUAACUUGCCAAACGUCUUAAAGAAUGUAAUCAUUAACUUUUUCUUCAUAGUAAUUUCAUGACUUUUAUAUUUUUCAUAACAAAUCUUAGGUUUACCUCGAAUUUAUGUUCGAAUUAAUACAGUAAAAUACGACAGUGUAAAUGUAGUUAAAACCUCUUAUAUUCUUUCUUCAAAAAGCACAUUGUUUAAAAAAAAUGAGUACAGUGUGUCUUUUUUUUUCUUUAAUUUUAUGCAUUAUAAUCACAUUUUAGUGUUUCAUUUUUUAAAAUGUUAAAAAUUUCAUACAACUAUAUUAUUGAAAAUAAUAAUUGAAAUGUCAGAAUCUGCAUUUAAGUACUAAGCCGAGUCUUCAAGGCUAAUAAAGUUUUAAAAACUCUCCUGCAAUUAAUCACGUAAAUUUGAAUCAGCAGUCAUUUCUUAAAAUUUAUGGUCUAAGCAUGUGUUUGCCUACUUGUUUAAAAAUAAUUUUUACAUAAAUUUUUAUUUUACUUUUUUUUUUUUGCAUAAUUUACCAGUGCAAAUUUGGGGUAUUGUGUAACAUAAAGCGUAGAAUUUUUUUAAUAUACUUCGUAGCUUAAAAAUUUUCAUUAAAUAUUUUUCUAAAUCAUCAAGUUACAUUGCUUAGAUGUUCUUUAUCAUUACUUUUCAGGAUUCUCUAUUGGCAUCUGAUUGUGCUUUCCAUAAUGCUGAAACCACAGCCAUAAAAGCCAGGUAUCUCAAAUUACGUUAAAAAUUGCUUGCUUGCAUGCGAAUUUUUCAUUCACGGCUGUGGUCGAUUGUGAUGCAGUGGUUUCAGCAUAUCAAGCACAUAGUUCCUACAAAAAUUAAUGCUCUGCAUUUUCAAAAGUAAAAGAUUGCUUGAAGUGAAUUUUCAUAUUUUAUCAUAGAAUUAGAAAACAUUACAUGUUGCAGUCCAUGUGUAAUGAAUUUUGCUGUCUGAAAUGCAGUUGUAAACUUCAUCUCUUUUUCUUUAUAGAUAAUGACUUAAUGCAUUGGAAAUAGUUAUAAAACAUUAUAAUGAUUUUUUUCCUUCAUUCCACCAUGUGACAUUUUUCAAUCUCUAAGUUUUGGUUUUGACCAAGUUACAGAACUUCCUGUUUCCUUGAAAAAAUUAUAGGUAUUUUCCCAGUUUUUGCAGUGUUCAUGGUGCUCCCCCCUCCCUUUAUUUAUAUAUAUAUAUAUAUAUAACUUCUACAUUGCAUUUAAACCAUGGUAUUUAAUUUCUAAGUUUCACCUCAAAAACAUGUAUUUAAUGUUGAUGUGUUGACAGGUAUGAAUUUUUCAAAAAAACGAACUAUAUUUUCGGCGUGCAUACAUGAAUCAAAAGUGGUAGGUUACUAUGUGAAACUACUUGCAUUUUUUUUUUAUUUAUAACCCUAAUGAACUUCAUCUCAUUCAUGCUUAAACCCAGGCUUUUUAUUGCAUUCCUUUUUUUUCUCAAAAUUCAUAUCUCAAUUUUAAUGUACCCAUCGUUACCGGUAGUUAUUAAACCAAGUUUCAUAAACAUUGUGAAAUGCAUCACCGAUAUUGUGCGACCAGUGUUUAAACAAGCUCAAACGAAUGAAAUAAAAAUGUAUAAAUCAAACUUGAAAAAUUAUAAAAUUCAAGUACAAUAGCAGUAAAAAUAUUUUGUCCCUUUUUUCUCUAUAAAUUUAACUAAAAAGUGAAGUUCACAGUUUAUGUACAUAUAAUUACAUUCAAAUGUGUUUUAAUAAAUUCAUGUUCUCAUUUUUUUAAAACUAAUAAACUGCCUAUUGUUCUGUAUAAACAAAGUCAUAAUGCAACAGUCAUGAAACUCUUUGGUUCCUUAAAUCAUUACAAGCAGUAAUAUAAAUUUAUUCAAAUCUACACAAACAACAAUCCACAAUAUAAAAUGUAUAAAAACCAACAUCAGUUGCUGCUCUGUAAGUACUGUAACUUUCAUCUUAUAAUUCAAAUGCUUGAUGUAAUUAAGUUUUCACUUACUAUAUGUAUAAAUGGCUGACUAUGUAUAAUAUCAAAAUAAACACCUAUAUAUCCAGUUAAACUAAAAAACUUUUAUACAGUUUCACAGAUAAGAAAUUAAUAUCUGUAAGAUAAAACUAAUUUUAUUGUUAGAUUCUCGUUUUUAAUCUAUUUUAAAGAACAGAACUGAAAGUAAGUAUCGUGAUCCGGCAGUAGAAAUUUUUUCCAGCAGUCUGCGACACAGAAUAAGAAAGCUAAAAAUAGUCUGCAAGAUGAACCAAUGCUAGAUUAAUAGAAAAAUCUAAAUCAGCACCAAGAAAUGCUUAAAUACACAAUUUAAAAACUACAAGUCAUUCUGCCUCUGAAUUUAAUCCCAGAAAAUAUGGUACAAAUCUUCAUUUAUUUUUAUGGUACAAAUCUUCACAAUUAAAUCUUUUCUUCCAAAAAAAUGUUUUUUUUUUUUUUUUCCGCCCUCAAGUAAGAAAUAGUUAGCAUCAAAAAUUACGAUGCGAGUCGCAGUGCCUUCUGCCUUCAGGAUUGUGAGUGAAUAUUCAGUUUUAAGUUUCAACUUCUAAAAACCUUGAAAAGCCUCAAUAAGUGCAUUUACUAUUUACCGUUUAAAAAUCCUUUUAAAAUUUGCCAAGCUUUAGAAAAUGUGUAAUCACUGAAAACAAGGAUCAGAUUUCUCUGGAUUAUAAGUGUUUGGAAGUUACAGUAACAAUUAUCAAUUAGCAUAAAAAUUUAAUACUUGGUUAUCUUUAGGUAAUCCACAAUUCCAAAGAUGAAUUGGAUUUUCAACAAUAGUUUGUUUUUUUUUCUUUUGUAUUGGAGCAAUCAUUUCAUUGCUUUAAAAUCAUCAGUAGAAUAUUCAUGAAAUUUUAACAGAUAACUACCAGUUUGCAAAAUCAAUCUUGUAUAUUUGUUCAUAAAAAAAUAA